UUAUUACGUCUUUCUAUAUCUAUCAUUGCAACGUGCAAUACCGCGAAUUUCUUUAAUACGGUAUAAUAGCAAAACUGCGGUCGGUAAACGAUGGCGGUGGAAAAGAGGGAUAGAUUUCUGUCGAUUCGAAUAUCAAGGUUUCUCAUGAAAACAGUUGGUUUUUGGCAUGCCAAAUCGAAAGCAGAGGAACAGCUGUUGAACGGAAUUUUGAGCUAUACGAUAUGUAUGAUUGGUUCUUCUUUGUGGAUAGAAGCAACCGAAAUGUACGGCACCAAAGGUGACUUUUACGCCAUCACAUACACUGCUUGCAGUGCUAUGCCCGUAGCCGUAGUUUUAAUGAAAAUAUGCUUUUUUCUAAAAAAUCGAAAAGAAAUAUUAAAAAUGUUGAGAUAUACGGAAGAUCAUUUUUGGUACGCUCAGUACGAUGAGUAUGGCAAUAAGCUUUUGGAAGAUAUCAAUAAAAAGGGGAUAAUAUUAAUAUGCACAUUUAUAUUCUUCGUUCAAGGAGCUGUUGUCAGUUAUAUGCUGGCUCCUAUAAUCGAAAAUGUGGGAAAAAACGUAAGUGACAGAAAACUCCCUUUUAAUGUUUGGAUCGGUGUUCCAACGAAUGUUUCACCUAACUUUGAGAUAAUAUUUUUUAUUGAGGUUUUAUCUCUGAUACAUUCAGGCUUGUUGUUUUGUUGUUUUGAUGUUCUCCUGGGCUUACUUAACAUAUACACUGCCGGUCAGUUUAAACUUCUGCAGCACCGUCUGGAAACCGCUCUCGAGAGAGUUGUAUGUACCGAUAUCGUAAAAUCGCUUGACCAGAAAAGAAAACAAGAACUGUACGAAGAAAUCAAGAGAUGCGUCAUAUUUCAUCACGAACUGAUCUGGUACAGCGAAAAAAUGGAGAGUAUCUUCAUGUAUACAACCCUUUGUCAGUUGAUGGUAUCAGGCAUUCUGCUUUGCGUGGCAGGUUUUCAAGUGUUUUUGGGCCGAGGCACCCUCAUCAGGCGAACAAUAUAUAUGUCUCACGCGAAUGCCUGCGUCUGCCAAUUGUUCGUCGUCACGUUCACAUCGAAUGAUUUAAUAGAAGAGAGCCGUGCGAUCGGACAUGCGGCGUACAACGCCAAUUGGCAAGUUUUAUCUCAUAAGCACGAUAAAAGAAUCAGAAACGCUAUUCAGAUGAUUAUGGUAAGAUCUAUACGCGCCUGCUCCAUAUCCGCUGGCGGCUUCUUCCCAGUGUCUCUCGAGACAUUUAUGACGGUGAUGGGCACUGCAGCAUCUUACUUCACUUUGCUUCGCAACUUCAUACAGUAAGCCCUCAAAUCAAUUCAGAAUUAUUCGAAAAAUAAGAGGAACGGGAAAUUUUAGAAAUAUCUGGCUCAUUAAAAAAAUAUACUUUUGCAAAUAA